AUGGACGCCUCCUCCCUCCGCAUCUCCAAGUUCGAUGGAACUAACUUCCACGCCUGGAAGUUCAAGAUGCAGAUGGUGCUGGAGGAACGGGACCUAUGGGAGGUCGUCAGCGGUGAGAUCAAGGCGGAACAGUGCGAGACUCAGUUGGACCAAGCGACGUACAAGAGGAAGUCAAGAAAGGCGAUGGCAGUGAUCUGUCUAGCCAUGGAAGAUUCCCAGCUACCGUUGGUCCGGUCGGCAAGUGGUGCAUGCGACGCAUGGUCAAGGUUGGAAGACCACUUCGAGAAGAAGAGUCUUGCCAACAAGCUGUUCUUGCGCCGUCGCUUCUUCACGACAAUGAUGGAAGAAGGCGACGAUGUGCUCGAACACAUCAACAAGCUCAAGACGCUGGCGGAACAGCUAGAAGCGGUGGGGGGCUCCACUUUGGAGUCGCGCUCAGACACUCUUAGCUGGGAGCUCGUGACGUCUCGACUGCUUCAUGAAGAAAUGAAGCGGAAGGAGCAAGGAAGUAAAGGUGAUGAAGCUUCGCAAGGUCAAGCGUUCAUCACAAGGGACAAUCAGCGCAAAGGGCGACCAGUGAAGAAGUCCUGGCCGUGCCACAAUUGCGGAAAGAUUGGUCACUGGAUGGCGGAGUGCCCCUCGCGCAUCCAAGAAAACACGGAGAGACACCGGCCACAGCGUGCUCAAGACAGCGGCGACCGCUAUCGAUCACAACGUGCAAACGUCGCUCAAGAAGAAGACUCGGGCGACUACCUCUUUUCGAUCGGUGAAACGACAUCUGCGAAAUCGAGCGACAUCUGGCUGGUCGACUCCGGGGCGACGCAGCACAUGACGUGCUCCAAGAAGUUCAUGCGGAACUACAAGGGGUUUGACGCUGUGGAUGUCCAUCUCGCGGAUGAUGGAAUCGUCCAAGCAAUCGGCAGUGGGGACAUUGUCAUGUCGAUGAAGACACCCCAAGGGAUGAAGAAAGGUGUGCUCACAAACGUGUGGCACAUCCCAAAGUUAUCCAGAAACCUGUUCUCGGUCGGCCGCUUCACCAAGGAUGUCGGCCCAGUGACGUUCACGAAGGAUGGGUGCUAUGGAGAAGCGAAAGGGACCAAGUGGAAAAUUGGUGCCCGUGAAGGUAAAGGACUGUUCAAGCUGCAAAUGACUCCAGUGGCGCCGGAACAAGCAAAUGCAGCCAAGUCGUCGGGAUGUCAAGGGGGCACCAAGUCGUACCUCUGGCACCUUCGGCUUGGCCACAUAGGUCACGAUGGACUCAAUUGCAUCGUGACGAAGAACAUUGAAUUGGCAUCGACAUAUCUUCGGUGA